AGCUUCUUGUGAUCCUAGAAGGCAGUGGGCCGGCUGUCAGCCAGUCUCAGGUGGAGCUGCUGCUCAGACUUUCCAACAUUCACAGUGGGACUGACACAGGGCGGUCAUGAAGAUAACCUGACGUCUAUUUGGUGCCAAAGCCUGUUCUUGUGGGGAGGAUUUUGCCUGGAGGUCUCUUUGUGAAGCACUGGGAGUCAUGACAGACCUAUGGUUGAUUUCUGUCCCUCUGGACAAGACCACUUUGACCAGUGUAGAGAAACUCAAGCGCACCAUUGCCAAAACCAACCUGGCCUCCUGCUGCAAGUUCUCCAUUCCAGAUCUCAAGGUGGGAAUACUGGACAGUCUGCUCAGCAUGGCGGAUGAUCUCUCCAGGCUCGACACACUGACCGAAAGUGUGAUUAAAAAAACACAUCAGUGUAUGAGGGAGGUGAUGGAGCAGUCCGGUGACAAAGUGCUGGAAAACGCCUUAGCCAAUGGAGUGGACCUGAUGAGCUACACCACUAAGUUUCAGUGGGACAAAGCCAAGUAUCCCACAGCUCUGCCUCUCUCCAGCCUGGCAGACAUCAUCGGCAAGGAAGUUUCCCAGAUGGAGACGGAAUUAAAAUCUCGAGCUGCAGCGUACAACAGUGUGAAAACGAGCUUGCAAAGCCUCGAGAAAAUACUAGCCGGGACUUUGCAAACUCGCAGUCUGAAUGACAUAGUGAAGAAGGAAGACCUGGUGGUCUCAGAGUACCUCACCACUCUACUGGUAGUGGUGACCAGAGGGAGCUACCGGCAGUGGGAGGAGACCUAUGAAUCUCUGUCAAAGUUUGUGGUUCCGCGGUCCAGCAGGAAGCUGUACGAGGAUGGAGAGGGAGCCAUUUUCUCAGUUACACUUUUCAAAAGAGCUGUGUGUGAAUUCAAAGCCAUAGCCCAGGAGAGCAAGUUCAUCGUGCGUGAGUAUACCUUUGAUCUGGAGGCGAAGCAGCAGCAGGAGAUGAGGCAGCAAAGUUUUCACAAGAAAGAACAAUACGGAGUCUUUGUGCGUUGGCUGAAGGUGAAUUUCAGCUCGGUGUUUGUUGCCUGGAUUCACUUGAAGGCAUUGAGGGUGUUUGUUGAAUCAGUUCUCAGGUAUGGACUACCGGUGAACUAUCAGGCUCUUGUGCUGCACACAGACAGUAAGCGUUCAAAGAAACUGAGGGAAGAACUCGCCGACCUGUUCAAACAUCUGGACCCCACCACCUCCGGCAGCAAGACAGAUGUGAACUGUGACAUCCCAGGAAUCUGUCAGCAUGAGUACCUCUCCUAUAUCUGCUACCACGUCAACACAAAUCUGCUGGAGAUCAGCUAGCAGUCAACGAAGAGCGGACCAGCACAAUGACCAAGCAAUGAGGGCCCUGCCGCUCACCUGGUGGAAUGGACCAGUGAGAGCCAGGAGCCUUAAGACCCUCAACUCUGAAAUAAAACACGUCUAGUGAUCCUAA